AUCUCGUUGGGUGCUAAGCAUAAGAACUUGUGUGUUGGAUUUGUGAAUGGGGACGAAGAUGAAGGAAGGUCUUUGAGCAGAAGAAGAAGAAGAAGAUCUUGUCUGUUCCCAUGGCCGACAUGUCCACACAGCACUUGUUGCACCUCAUCAAACGCCUUUCUCACACCAUUUCCAAUCUUUUCGUUUCAUACUCUAUUGGGGCAGUUGUCGGUCUUGCCAUUGCAAUUUUUUUCGUCUGGAGGCUGUUGUUGAGAUCACCUGGUGGAUCUCAACACAGGCAACGGAAACGGCAAGGUGCUACUUCUAGUAGUCCUGGAGUUAGCACACUUUCAAAUGCCUCUGUAGUUCCUUCUGGAGUUUGUUCAUCCUCAGCUGGUUCAAGGGCACAAAAUUUAGUUGACGAGUUCUCUCAGCCAGUGAAGCCUACCUUGGGCCAGAUUGUUAGGCAGAAGUUGAGUGAAGGAAGAAAGGUAACUUGUCGUCUUCUUGGAGUGAUCCUUGAAGAAAGUAGUCCAGAGGAGCUUCAGAAACAAGCAACUGUGAGGUCCUCUGUGCUGGAAGUGUUGUUGGAAAUAACAAAAUUUUGUGAUUUAUAUCUCAUGGAACAAGUUCUGGAUGAUGAAAGUGAGAAAAGAGUUGUUGUAGCAUUAGAAGAUGCUGGGGUAUUCGCUUCAGGUGGUUUGGUCAAGGACAAGGUCCUCUUCUGCAGCACAGAGAAUGGACGGUCAUCGUUUGUUCGGCAGUUGGAACCAGAUUGGCAUAUCGACUCAAAUCCUGAAAUUAUCUCUCAGCUUGCUAGAUUUAUCAAGUAUCAACUUCAUGUCUCACCUAUUAAAACCGAACGAGCUGCUGCUAAUGUGUUCAGUGCUCCAUCCCUGGAACAAUUCUUUGGAUCCAUAUGAAAUUCUGACAAUUAAAGAUGGGAUGUUACUAAAUUCAUACUAGUUUGUUUCUGUCUGCAACUUGGAUUCCACCGGUACCAUACAUGUUUUUUUCCCAAAAUCUAGAUAUUCAAGAAGUAGGUUAGAUUUUCAACCCAACGGUUGCUCCCCCUAGUUAGAUGAAAGACCUGCUGUGUAUCUUUGUAUAAUGCUUUCGGGAAGAAAUUUCUUUCUUUAUCCUUUUUUUUGGUUUGUGUGUGUUGAUUCUAAAUUGUGCAUUUGAGUGGAUCACAUUCAUACGUUCUGUCGAAGUGGCAAAUUUUAGUAGAUGUUUGUAUUUUGAUAGUAGUUACAUGAAAUGCCAUCGUGGGCAAUCGUUAAUGAUCAUCCUAACUGUAUUGGUUAUUGAAUCUUUGAUUGU